AUGGAUCAACCAACAAUUGAAGAAUAUGAAGAAACUACUACUACUACUGCCACUACUACUACAGUCACAAAAAAAGAUGAGAAAUCAAAAGUAGAAAUUGGUGAAGGUGAAGCAGGUAUUACAUUUGAAGAUUAUGAGGAAGAAGGUGAAGAAGAAGGUGAAGAGGAAGGUGAAGAGGAGGAAGAAGAAGAAGAAGAAGAAAAAGAUAAAGAAACCAUCAUUAAAAGUGCAGAGGGAAAUGAAAAAGCAGGUGAUCUUUUGAUGAAAGAAAAAGAUUAUUCAUCUGCAUGUGGUUUAUAUUGUGUUGCUUUAAAAAAUUUAUCAUCAAUUUAUGGUGCAUUAUCACCAAAAGUUGCACAUUUAUAUGUUAAAUAUGGUAAUUCAUUAAUUUUAACCUAUAAACAAGAAGAAUCUGAAAAUUUAAUGAAUUUAUUAGGUUCAAAGAUUAAAGAAAUUGCUGAAAAAGGUGAAGAUUCAACUACCUCUUCAACUACUCCACCACAAACAACUACUACUACAACCACCACCACCACAACUACUACAACUACUACAACCACUCCUACUGAAGAUGCACCAGAUAAGAAUGCAUCAGAUAAAAAAAAUAGUAAAAAAGAAGAAGAAGAAUCUGAAGAUAUUUCAACUGAAGAAUCAUCAAAACCUGUAAAUAAACUAAACACAAAAGAAAAUGAAGAUGAUGAAGCAACUCCAAUUCAAAUCGCUUGGGAAGUUUUAGAAACUGCAAGAGUAAUCUAUGAAAAAGAAAAAGAUAAACAAAUUGAACUUUCAGAUGUACAUGUUUCAUUAGGUGAUUUAUUCAUUGAUUCUGAUCAAAUUGAAAAUGCAAUUGAAGAAUAUGAUAAAGCAUUAAGAAUUAGAAAAGAUAUUAGAGAUAAUGAUUUAAGAUCAAUUGCAGAGAUUCAUUAUGCAAUGGGUUUAGCAUUCCAUGUUGAUAAUAAAGCACCAAUCGCUGAGAAACAUUAUAGAACUGCCAUUGAUUUAUUGGGUGAUCAAUUGAAUAAGAUACAACAAUCAUUGAAUGGAGAAACUGAUACUGAUAAAUUAAAGAGUUUGGCUGAUGAAAUUCAAGAAUUGAAAAAUAUUAUCGUUGAUCUUCAAGGUAGAUUGGAUGAAGUUGUUCCAAUUGAUACCUCAAAUGAACCAGUACCAAAAGAACUUCAACAGGAUGAACAACAACCAGUUUUCUCAACUUCUGCUAGUCAAAAUCCAAUUAAACCUGGAACUCCAGUUAAUACUUUUGGUGUAGUUGGUAAAUCUGCAAGAAGAAGUAUUACACCUCAAACUAAUAAUAGUAAUAGUAGUUCAACUCCUUCAACUCCAAAUAAAUUUACUCCAAUUGAAACAACAACAACUACUGCAUCCACAACUGAAACCAACAAUACUUCAACAACCAAUGGUAAGAGAAGACUUGAAGAUCUUAUGAAUGGUGCUCAAGUACCAGAAUCAUUUUCAACAAAUUCCGAAGAAAAAAAACAAAAACUAUAA